AAGCGAGUCGGUCAUAAAUUUAUUAUUUAAAUAAAUCCCAUGAUCUCGUAAUAGAGGGUUAUCUGUAAUCUAUUAUCGACACAUUUCCAUUUUUGCAAAGAAAACUUCAGGAUAUUAGAUCACUCGUAAAAGUAAUUGCGUUUAUACAAGGUAAAUGGUGAAAUCUACUGCAAAAGUAAAUAAAGGCCAGGCCCGUUGUUUUAAGUAUGAUUUUCUUGAGAAAUAGAUAGUAAAUAAGCAAAAUAAACGGCCCAGAAAGGUAUCUUUUGUUGGAGAGAUGUGAACAUAACAAUUUUGGUGUGUACGUUAAAUGAACCUAAGGAUACCAAAUGAGGACGAAAAACUUUUUGGUUUUUGUAUGUAGCAUGGUACUAGUUAGUUUAUUUCUAAUCAUUUUUGGACAACACAAACCUGAAACUAUACAAAACAUUGUUACCAGCACAAAUCAACAGUUUAAGAAUUUUAAGGAUAACUUAAGAGAUGUGCAAAGGAAAAAACUGAUAGCAGAUGAGAAAUAUUUGAAAAUUCUGGGUUUUACAGAAAACCCAAGAAAAUUUCCUGAUGAUGUUUGGAAAAACACCACUUUACCUGUCAUAGUGACAUAUGUGACCGAAGGUCAUCAUAGUCAGGCCAUAGGACUUAUUAACAAUGUAGCUAGGGUGUUACCAAAUAACACCAUUUUAGUUUAUAAUUUAGGUUUAAGCGAUUAUAGCCUUAAAUCGUGCUUAAAUCAUUGUAACAGUAGUAGAUGUCAAGUGAUGACUUUUGAUCUGUCACUUUUUCCUUCCCAUGUUAACGAUGAAAAUUCUAAAGCAUUUAGGCCAUUAGUUAUUCAGGAUGCUUUGAGCCGCACUGGCGCCAUCUUCUUCCUCGAAUCGAACUACCGAAUGGUGCGCUACGUGACCGCGCAGACGAUAUUCUCUCUCUAUAACGAAACCGUGACGGGACGGGGCGUCACUGCUUGGCCCAUGCAACUCAAGAACCCCGUCUCCAGCCUGACGCACAAGAAAAUGUUCGAGUACUUCCGCACGGACGUCGAAAACUUCCAGUUCCUGCAAAUGGUCGAGGCGGACUACUUGAUUCUCGUCAACAAGCCGACCGUGCGUGCCGACCUAAUGUUGCCGUGGGUGCAGUGCGCGCUAACUUCCGACUGCAUUGUACCCAUAGGCGCGCAAUCCGCCGGCUGCAAGUUUGACAAGAGGCCUUUGUACAGGUACUCUGGUUGCCACAGCUACGACGUAUCGGCGAUGAACAUCGCUUUGGGACUUAAGUACCGACUUGAGGAGUAUUCUUAUAACGAGCCUGACGACUUAUUUGAGGCUGUAUCGCUUAGCAAAGCUAACGCGGAACUAAAAAUUCUUGAGCUAAAUUCAACGACGGACGGGCGAACCGUACAAACAGAAAUGCUGUGAAAAUUAGGACCAAAUAAUUGUGUGAUAUCAGUAUUUUAGAAUGUAUGUAAAAUACUAAAAAAACCUAAACGUCUGCACCUAACAAGUAAUAACGCUUUUUUCCCGCUUUUUCCUGUUGUGAUGGGUGCAGAACCAUGAUCAAAGAUGACAUUUUGUGAUUUUGUGAUAUAUUGUAAAUAAGUACUGGUGUUUUGUGUGAUAGUAUGAGUGCAUGCCGUUUUUGUAUAGAAUGUUUUCAUUUUAUUUAUUUUAAACACAUCAUUAAUAAUGCAUUAUUACAGCUAAAUAAAUCACAGGAAAUUAAAGAUUUUCUCCAUUCUAUAAAAUAGAAUGGAUUGCUUAUUAUUUGAAUGCGUAAUUUGUCAUUUUAAACUGUCAAAUCAAUAAAUAAAC